GGAAACGUCACUAAAUGUUAGUUUGAGUGUUCGGACAUCCAGAACUACGAUAAUAUAUAGAUGGCUCCAACUCAAGCAGGACUACUUCGAACAGAUUCCCCGGAAAGAACGGCGAGCACGGAAAGCGAAUUAACCUCCAUCGAAUCAUACGAGAAUAUACAGGUUCCUCCUGAUCUAAAGGAUAUACUAAGAAACGCCACAGGUAGCGAUAAUUUAGAUGGGCUGUCAGAGUUGAAAUUGAAAGUUAUUGCUCAGGAAGUCGGGCUGCAACAUUUAAGCACUUACGCUCCGGUUCUGUGUGAACUUACCUUGGACGGUAGCGUCGUAUCCUCGUUAAGGGACCUAGGCUGUGGCCUAAAAACCCUUAAAACCCUGCGCGUAAAUAAAUGCGGACUAACCAGCCUGGACGGUAUCUUCGGGAUGCCCAAUUUAGAGAAGCUCUAUGCCGCUGGUAACUCCAUUCGCGACCUCUGUCCGUGCACGUCUCUGCAAUCAAUUAAUCUAAUUGAUGCUAGAAAAAACUUAUUACGAGACAUAAACGCUUUGUCUUUCCUUCUCCUCUGCGAACAGUUAACGCAUUUAGUUUUGGAAGAUAAUCCGCAGAUUAGUAAUUCUUCGGAAUACCGGAAAACCGUGAAAACACUGCUCCCAAAUUUACAAUAUCUGGAUGAGAUUGAAUUUACGAGAGAGGAAAAUAUCCAGUUUUUUGGUAUCGAUGCUGUGCUUAGAUCAGAGAGUAAACUUCCACCGAUUUCAUCAAAAGCUGGAAACUCAUCGACAAACUGUAGUUACUCGGUAAGCUUUGCGCCGAAAGUUUUAUCUCCGAGGAAUCAAACAGAAGUAGAAAAUAAUUCUACAAGCAAUGGAAAUAUUAAAGGUAAGUAA